AUGCUCAACAAAAGAGCAUCAAUACGUCCUUUCAAGAUCUCGGUCUCUGAUUCCGAGAUACAUGACCUUCACCAACGCCUUGACCAUGCCAGAUGGCCGGAGGAAGCUACGGUCUCGGACUGGUCCCAGGGAGUACCUUUGUCCGUCGUUCAGGACUUGUGUGCAUACUGGCGCCAUGACUACGACUGGCGACGAUGCGAGGAUGUUCUGAAUAGCUACCCUCACUUCAAGACCGAAAUCGACGGAGUCGACAUCCACUUCUGGCACAUUAGAUCGAAACACCACGAUGCCCUCCCCAUGAUAAUGACCAACGGUUGGCCAGAGUCCAUCGUCACUUUCUUAAAGCUGAUCGAUCCAUUGAUAGAUCCCACCCGACAUGGUGGUAAGGCGGAAGAUGCAUUUCAUCUGAUUAUACCUUCGAUGCCAGGCUACGGAUUCUCUGGCAAGCCCAAGAAGAGUGGUUGGACCAGUGCAAAGAUGGCCGUAGCCUGGGCCGAGUUGAUGGGUCGCCUAGGCUAUACGCGAUAUGUCGCUCAAGGAGGCGACUGGGGUGCCGACAUCGUCGCGGAGCUUGCGAGCAAUUCUCCGCCGCCAGCCCUCGUCGCCGUCCACUUCAACACGCUUUUCUUCGAUGCAAAGAAGGAGACCAGCCAAGCGAAGGGACGUCUGACCGAAGGCGAGCAGCAUGCUCUGGCAUUGCUUGAGAAGUGGGAUCGGGCGGAAUCGGCCUACAUGCUGCAGUAUGCCACUCGGCCCCAGACCUUAGGUUACGCUCUUUCGGACUCGCCUUCUGGACUUCUGGCCUGGAUCUUCGAGAAAAUAUCAGCGUGGUCUCAAGACGAGCCUGGGAAGCAUAAGGAUGUGCUCACUAUGCUGACCAAGGACGAAAUACUCGAUAACGUCAUGGUCUACUGGUGGACCAAUACUCUCACCUCAUCGACGAGGCUGUAUUGGGAGAAUCCGGACGCGUGUGAUCUGCCGAUUCGGUUGCCCGUGGGAGUCAGCCAGUUCCAGGGCGAGAACGGCUAUGUGCCAAAGCACUGGGCUGAGCGCUACUACAGCAACAUUGUGCAUUGGCACGAGCUGAAGAAAGGCGGGCAUUUCGCGCCAUGGACAGUACCUCAGCUCUUCGUGAAAGAGCUUCGUGAGUGUUUUGCCUUGGUUCGCUAG